AUGGAGAAGCCGGACAAAGACAUGCUGGUGGGCGAAGAGGAGUUGGCAGGGGCGGACACCGGUACGUCGGCGUCGGUCAACGAGCCGGGCGCGGAACAGCUCCACAAGCAGACCGUGGCCCUCGCCUCGUGUCGAGUCCAGGGUGUGACCGUCUACAACGACCGCGCCGAAGUCACCCGCCUCGUCGCCCUCACCGACCUCGAAGCAGGAACGACGGAGGUGCGGGUGGUGGGGCUGUCGUCGAAGGUGGACCGCAACUCGGUGCGGGUGUCGGGGGGCAAGGGCGAGGCCGUGAUCCUCGAGGUCUCCUACAACACCAAGUGGGAGCCCAAGACCAAGGACGACGGCUCCGAGCGCAGCACCCUCCAGCGCGAGCUCGACCAGCUCGCCGAGCAGAUCGCGCGCCAAGAGGAGGGCCUCGCCCGCAUCGCCAAAGAGAGCGAGUGGAUGGGCAAGUGGGCGAGCGGGCUGGCGGAGCCGCGGAAGACGGAGGCCGGCGGCAGCGCGUCGGGCGACCUGUGCCCGCCGCAGGCGCUCGACCAGGCGACGGCCUUCCUGAGCUUCUACCAGUCGAGCCUGGCCAGCGUCGACGAGCGGCGGGCGGCGGUCAACGCCACCCUCCGCGAGCUGCGGGAGCAGCACACGCGCGUAUCGCGCACCCUGGGCUCCCUCACCACCGGCAACGUCGAGGAGGUCCACGAAGUCACCGUCCUCCUCAGCAGCGAAGGCCUCGGCGAAGUGGACCUGUCGUUGGCUUAUGUGGUGAUGGACGCGUCGUGGCACGCGGCGUACGACGUAAGGGUGACGAGCAACGACUCGCGGCUCAACCUCACCUACUACGGCAUCAUCACCAACAACUCCCUUGACCACUGGCAAGACGCCCCGCUGGCGCUCUCGACUGCGCAGCCGUCGGUGGGAGGCGCGCCGCCGGACCUGCCGACCAAGUUUGUGGGCUUCCAGCCGCAGUACCACGCUCGUUCGACGCACAGGAGUGCGCCCUGGAUGAACGCGAUGGUCAAGCAGGCCGAGGUCGAGCGAUACGACUUCCAGUCCUUGGCGCUCGAUGAUCACGAAAUCUCGUCGUCGGCGUCGCAGGUGGGUGUGAUGACGAGCUCGGUCAAGGAGAGCAGCAUCUGCACCAGCUUCGAGAUCCCUCGCCGCUCGACCAUCAUGUCCGACAGCAAGCCCCACAAGGUGACGAUCAAGAUCAUUCAGCUGAAGGCCAAGUUCACGUACGUGCUGCUCCCGAAGCUCUCAACGCACGCCUACCUGAAGGCGAGCAUCCUCAACGACUCGGACAAGUACGCCUUCCUCGCCGGCGACAUGAACGUCUUCAUGGACGGCAACUUCGUCGCCAAGUCCUCCAUUCAAGCGGUGUCGCCUUCGGAGUCGUUUGCGAUCUUCUUGGGCGCGGAUGAUGCGAUCAAGGUGACCUACCCGCCGGGCGUCUUCUUCAACGACAAGCAGGGCCUCAUCCGCCGCUCCAACCUCAAGACGGUGAAGCACAGGAUCACGAUCAAGAACACGAAGGCGACGGACGUGCACGUGUCCGUGUUCGAUCAGCUGCCCAAGUCCAACGACGGCCAGAUCAAAGUCCGCCUGCUCAAGCCCACCAUCACCGAGGCGGACAAGAGCGUGACGCUGACGCCGUCCAACAACGUCAAGUGGAAGGUGGACAUUAAGGCCGGCAAGCAGGUCCAGCUCCGCUUUAAGUACCAGCUCGAGUGGCCCCUGGGCCAGGAGAUCAACCUCUGA